AGUUACUUAUCUAAUUUUAAAAACUAAACGGAGGUAGAAUAGCUGAUAAAUGGGUGCAAACUAAGGAUUAGUAAAAGGUGAUUGGCCAAGCAACUACAGUACGGCUAGCUGUCAGUGGCUUAGAUAACUAUGUUAACUCCGUAGUUAUGGAGUAUUAGUCCAGCUUUAGUCGACUGUUGAGUGACUUGGCAAACGUCACUUCAUCAACUCUCAUGAAUAUCAGCAAUACGAAGAACUGAUAUUCUGACGAAGAACACAGAUAUUGAUGAACAGCAACAAUACUCUCAAAUAUCUAUCAGAGCCAGACAUCAUUUCAUACUUACACUUCUUCCUUCUGUCUCGAUAUGAAAAUAGGCAGCAUAACAAAGUCAGGAGACGCGCCUCCAACUCGUCUCCUGCGAAGCAACGCACCACCAUCACCACCCCAAGUUCUCAGCGCCCAAAAACUCUUCACUACCAUCAGGAACGAGAUUUUGCAGGCUCGAGGGUAUAAGGAUCUAGUAUUUGAGAACGUUCCCCCUGAAGCCGGAUCUCUAGUGAUUGAUUCUCUAGACGAAGAUCCUGAUGUCGAGAACUCAUGCGCUCGUCUCAGUUAUAAUUCAUUUACACUAACAAUCAGUAUUACCAUUAUGCCAACGUUUUUAUAUGAAGCCCACACGGCGUGGCUUUAUAGAGAAGUUUCAAGAAUGGCUCGUUCGGGGUUUUUAACCCCAUCUGAAGAAGAUUCUAUAUCAUUUCUUAAAAGUCCGACAUUUGGAGGGCUCCAACCUCCAUAUUCAGCCUCGAGGAAAGAACCAGACUUUGCGCUGCUUCCAGAUGGCCAGUCGCUCCCUAUCCUAGUAUUCGAGACCGGUUGGUCAGAGUCCGCGCCUAGACUUCACCACGACAAAGAUUUAUGGUUGCGAGGUGGGAGGCCAGAGGUUCAACUUGUGUUCUUGGUGAAGUGGUCUAAAAGUGCUGGUGGUGUUGUGCGAGGAAUCAUUGAAGUGCAUGGGAGAAACGGCGUCGGUGAGCCGCAGCUACUACAGACCGAGACUAUCUUUCCAGCACCACCUAACCCCGAAGCUCAAACCAUCCCCAUCACCCGCGGACAACUCAUGGGCCCAAAUUUACUGGCAGGACGAAACCCAGGAGACGUUCAUCAAUUAUCUGUAGACCUAUUCCGGAGAGCGGCUGGAAAGUUGGUGCUGAGGGAAGGAUAUACUCCUGCAUGA